CUUGUCUGUGAAAAGAUUUGAAUUUAUUGGAAUCUGAAAUGUAUUAUUCAAUAAUUUUCCUCUUAUUUGCAUUUUGCAGGUCUGACGAUGUUGGUGAUUUAACACAACGUGUUGAUGUUCAUGAAACGGAGAUGAUUCGCAUAAAGUCUGAAAAUGAAAUGUUAAAGGAUAUACUCAAAAACAUAAUGACGAAAAUAACCGACUUAGAGGACAAGAUUGAUGGAACAGUUCACAAUAAGAGAGUAACUGUAACCAACCCUGUAAAUGUUGCUUUUCAUGCCAACGUUGCAGGAUCAUUAAGUUUACAUGAUAAUGAAGUUCUACAAUUCCACACUAUCAAUACCAACCUUGGAACUGCCUACGAUGGAAACACGGGUGUGUUCGAAAGUCCUUCACAAGGUUACUAUGUAUUUUUCGUACAUUUUCUCACUUUCGCACCAAAAACGAUUGAGGCUGUUUUGGUUAAAAAUGACGCUCCCAUCCAAAAUAUUUAUGCAGGAACAACAGCAACGCACGGAUAUUCCCCUGGAUCCAAUUUGGCUAUAGUUGAACUGAAUCAAGGAGAUAGAGUUUGGGUCAAAGUUCACGACAAAUAUCACGACACUACUGAUGUUCUUGAUGGGCCGUGGUGCACCUUUGCCGGAUUUCUUCUUUAUCCAACAUUUUGAUCAAAUAAAAUCGUAGAAAUGGC